UUUUGCGCACAUUGUAUCAAUUUUCUCACAUUUCCGGAUCACCACAUGACCAUUUCAUUCCGCUCGAACAGUUUCUUUACCUCUUGGAUGGAUCAAACACUUCUUUCAUUUGUUCAACGAAUUAACAUUCUCAUUCCUUUCGUUACCUUGUGAACAUAAUAUUCUUUUGUUUGUAGAAGAUUUCAUGGUGGUGUAACCUUGCUUGUUUUCCUGUUCGUCCCUACAGAUUUCACAUUGUUCUGAGAUCCCAAAACAAGAUGGGUGAUGAUAAAAAUGAUGCAAAAGAUGAUGCCUCUGAAUCUGGAGGGGUUCCUAGUACAGAGCCCAGUGAAAGCUCUUUUUAUGCAACUGAUGAAGAUGAAGAGGCCCAUAUAGAAUUGGGCCCCAAGAUGAGCAUUAGAGAGCAUCUUGAAAAGGAUAAGGAUGAUGAGAGCUUGAGGAGGUGGAAGGAGCAGCUGCUUGGAGGCGUUGAUGUCAAUGAGGUUGCAGAAAUCGAAGAGCCCGAUGUGAAGAUAAAGAGUCUGACCAUAGUUGUUGCUGAUAGACCUGAUAUUGUUCUUGAGAUCCCAGAAUCUGGGCACCCGAAGGGCCUUUGGUUUACCCUAAAGGAAGGUAGUAAAUACAAUUUGAGAUUCUCCUUCAAGAUCAGCAAUAACAUAGUUUGUGGGCUCAAGUACACCAACACUGUUUGGAAAAAGGGUAUUAAAGUUGACAGCUCGAAGCAAAUGCUUGGAACUUUUAGCCCUCAAGCUGAGCCUUACAUACAUGUUAUGACCGAAGAAACCACUCCUUCGGGGAUAUUUGCAAGAGGAUCAUAUUCCGCAAAAACUAAGUUUCUUGAUGAUGACAACAAGUGCUACUUGGAGCUGACCUACACAUUCGACAUCCAAAAAGAAUGGGCCACCUAGACCGGUUUUCAAGAAUUAUUGCUGUUUUUUUCUCGACUCACUUUCACUUAGAAAGUUUAAGGGUUCUGGGUACUACACAUUCGGCAUCCAGAAAUAAUUUUUUUCAUAAUCUCGUGGCGAUAUUCUAUACGCAGUCGAGUGGCAGUGGCAAGAAGCCUGUUACUUGUUGGUAUAUCAUAACAAUACAUACAUGAGGUGCAAUGUGCAAACCUUCUUUUCUUGAUUUUGCUAGCCAUGUGGCCUUUCAGUUUGAAUGAUCAUUUGAUUUGUCACCUUGUGUUGUUUUAAAUGGAAAUAUUCAGUGAU